AUGAAAAGAAGUGAAGCACCAACUGAUUCAUCUCCUUUUCAUCUUCCUGAAACCCAACCAAAAAAAGAGAAUACAAGUGAAGGUCCAAAAGAAGAAGAAAAAAAAGAAAGAAUUAAAAAAUUUAAAGUUGCAGUAAUAUUUUCAUAUGUUGGAAGAGGUUAUUUUGGGUUAAUGUAUUUAAAUAACAAUCCUAAAACUAUUGAAGGUGAAAUUGAAAAUGCAAUGUAUAAAGCUAAAUGUAUUUCUGAAGAUAAUAAACAUGAUUUAAAGAAAGUUGGUUGGUCUCGUUGUGCAAGAACUGAUAAAGGUGUUUCAGCAGCAAAUAAUUUAAUUUCAUUAAAAAUGGGACUUGAUGGAAAUUACAUUGAAAGAAUUAAUUCUUUUUUACCAGAGACUAUUCGUAUUCAAGAUGUUGUAAAAGUUAGUCAUUCAUUUAAUGCUAAAACUCGAGUCGAUUCUCGUACAUACGAAUAUAUUUUUCCUUCUUAUGCGAUUCAAAAAAUUGAUAGUGAACAUCCAGAAAUUAAUGUAGAAUAUAAUCCACAACAAGAAGAUAUUGACUAUUUUAAUUCUGUGAUUAGUAAUUAUGUUAAAACUCAUAACUUUCAAAAUUAUACUUUUAAUACUAAAGAAACUAAAGCUGACAGUAAAUCUAACAACAGAUAUAUUAUUUCUAUGUCUGCUCAAUUGGUUCAAAGAAAUGGACUUAAUGUUAUUGCAGUUUCAAUUCAUGGACAAAGUUUUAUGUUAUGGCAAAUUAGAAGAAUGAUUGGAUUUGCUAUUGUAUUAACAAAUUUUAGACUUCCAAUUGAACAAAUGAAUGAAAUUAUGAAAACAUCAUUUACAUUAAUUAAUUGGCGUUCAGUUAUUCCAACAGCUCCAGCCCAUGGACUUUUCCUUGAUCAAUGUCAUUUUGGAAAUCAUAAUGAACGUCUUCAAAGAGACACUUCAAAUAAUUCAAAAACAAACAUUAAUAGUGAAGAAACUCUCAAAAAAUGUAUGGAAUUUAAAGAGAAAUAUAUUUGGAAUGAUAUUAUUAAUUUUGAAAAAGAAGAACAACCAUUUGCUAAAUACAUGAAAGAACAGGUUAAUUAUACUAAAAUUUAUGAUGUGUUAACUGGAAAAGUAACAUUAGAAUAUUAUAACUCUAUUCAUAAACCUUCAAUACAAACACUUUCACCUGACGAAGAACAAGAAGAAAAUUAA